AUGGAGCCAGCUGGGUCCCUGCGGCGUGGGGGUGAACAAAGCUGGUGGGGUAGUGCUCCCCAGUACCAGUAUAUGCCCUUUGAACACUGCACCAGCUACGGACUGCCCUCUGAGAAUGGGGCCCUUCAGCACAGGCUCCGGAGGGAUGCAGGCCCCCGGGCCAACACCCGCCCCACGCAGAUUUAUGGCCAUUACAAACAGCAGUUCUCAGACAAGGAGCAGGACCCAGGGAUGCCCAAGAAGACGGGCUCCAGUGAGAGCGUGGACAGCAAGGCUGAGGAACACUAUUCUAAAUGUCAAGGCUGUGUGCACCGCCUGGGACAUGUGGUGAGAAGAAAAUUAGGAGAAGACUGGAUCUUUCUGGUGCUCCUGGGACUGCUUAUGGCUCUGGUUAGCUGGAGCAUGGAUUAUGUCAGUGCCAAAAGCCUCCAGGCCUACAAGUGGACCUAUUACCAGAUGCAGCCCAACCUGCCUUUGCAGUACCUGGUCUGGGUCACCUUCCCACUAACUCUCAUCCUCUUCAGUGCCCUCUUCUGCCACCUCAUCUCUCCCCAGGCUGUUGGCUCUGGAAUCCCUGAAAUGAAAACAAUACUCCGUGGGGUCAUCCUGAAGGAAUAUCUCACCCUCAAGGCCUUUGUGGCCAAGGUUGUGGCCCUGACUGCGGGGCUGGGCAGUGGCAUUCCUGUAGGGAAGGAGGGCCCCUUUGUCCACAUCGCCAGCAUUUGUGCCGCUGUCCUCAGCAGGUUUAUGUCGAUGUUUUGUGGGGUCUAUGAGCAGCCAUACUAUUACACUGACAUGCUGACGGUGGGCUGCGCGGUAGGAGUCGGCUGCUGCUUUGGGACGCCACUUGGAGGAGUGCUGUUCAGCAUCGAGGUCACCUCUACCUACUUCGCUGUGCGGAACUACUGGCGAGGAUUCUUCGCGGCCACGUUCAGCGCCUUUGUUUUCCGCGUGCUGGCCGUGUGGAACAAGGAUGCGGUCACCAUCACUGCUCUCUUCAGAACCAAUUUCCGAAUGGAUUUCCCCUUUGACCUGCAGGAGCUCCCAGCCUUCGCCAUCAUCGGGAUUUGCUGUGGCUUCCUGGGAGCGGUAUUUGUGUACCUGCAUCGCCAAGUCAUGCUCGGUGUCCGAAAGAACAAGGCCCUCAGCCGGUUUCUGGCGAAGCACCGCCUGCUGUAUCCCGGAAUAGUCACCUUUGUCAUCGCCUCAUUCACCUUUCCGCCAGGAAUGGGUCAAUUCAUGGCUGGAGAGCUGAUGCCUCGUGAAGCCAUCAGUACCCUGUUUGACAACAACACGUGGGUAAAGCAUGUGGGUGACCCUGAAAGCCUGGGCCAGUCGGCUGUGUGGAUCCACCCACAGGUCAACGUGGUCAUCAUCAUCUUCCUCUUCUUCAUCAUGAAGUUCUGGAUGUCCAUCGUGGCCACCACUAUGCCUAUACCCUGCGGAGGCUUCAUGCCUGUGUUUGUGCUAGGAGCUGCAUUUGGAAGGCUGGUAGGAGAGAUCAUGGCCAUGCUAUUCCCUGAUGGUAUCCUAUUUGAUGACAUCAUCUACAAGAUCCUACCUGGGGGCUAUGCAGUAAUUGGGGCAGCGGCGCUGACUGGUGCAGUAUCCCACACAGUCUCCACAGCUGUGAUCUGCUUUGAAUUAACGGGUCAGAUUGCCCACAUCCUACCCAUGAUGGUGGCUGUCAUCUUGGCCAACAUGGUGGCUCAGAGCCUGCAGCCCUCUCUCUAUGACAGCAUCAUCCAGGUCAAGAAGCUACCCUACUUGCCUGACCUUGGUUGGAACCAGCUCAGCAAAUUUACCAUCUUUGUUGAGGACAUCAUGGUACGUGAUGUGAAGUUUGUUUCAGCCACUUGCACGUACGGGGAAUUGCGAACCCUGCUCCAGACCAGCACGGUCAAGACUUUACCACUGGUUGAUUCAAAAGAGUCAAUGAUCCUGCUGGGCUCCGUGGAGCGGUCAGAGCUGCAGGCCCUCCUUCAGCGCCACCUGUGCCCCGAGCGGAGGUUGCGGGCGGCCCAGGACAUGGCCAGGAAGCUGUCUGAGCUGCCCUUUGACGGAAAGCCUCGGCCAGCGGGCAAGGGACACCAAGGCAUCUCACCCGAGGGCCGGAGGGAGUCCUUUGCCUUUGUGGAUGAGGAUGAAGACGAGGACCUCUCUGGGAAGCCCCAGCUGCUUCCUCUCCCUCCUCCUCACCCCUUUCCUACUGCCCCACUCUCCCCCGACGAGUCCAAUGGGCCCCUGCCCAGCCACAAACAGCAGCUAGAAGCACCGCAGCCGGCAGGUCAAAGACCCUCUGUCUUUCGGUCCCUGCUGCGCUGCUUGCUGGGCAGACCUCGCCCCACGAAGAAGAAAACAACCCAGGAGCCAGCGGAUUUCGUGGACAACAUGUCACCUGAAGAGAUUGAGGCCUGGGAGCAGGAACAGCUGAGCCAGCCUGUCUGUUUUGACCACUGCUGCAUUGACCAAUCUCCCUUCCAGCUGGUGGAGCAGACGUCCCUGCACAAGACCCACACGCUGUUCUCGCUCCUUGGCCUCCACCUUGCUUAUGUGACCAGCAUGGGGAAGCUCAGGGGCGUGCUGGCAUUGGAAGAGCUGCAGAAGGCCAUUGAAGGGCACACCAAGUCUGGGGUGCAGCUCCGCCCUCCCCUCGCCAGCUUCCGGAACACGACUUCCACCCGGAAGAGCCCCGGCUGCCCGCCCCCUCCCACAGAGGCCUGGAGCCUUCCUGAGGACGGAGCUGGGGCUGCUGGGGCAGGUGACGGGGCUCCCGCCUCCCCAGAGACCCCCGUGCCCUCCGCCUCAGCAGAGCCCCGUCUCUGCGCCGUCCUGGACAAGGCAGAGGGCGAGCUGGAGGAGCUGGGGCUGGCAGAGAGCCCAGGGCUGGAAGAGGGGCUGGCCGACAUCCUGCAGGGCCCCAGCCUGCGAUCCACUGAUGAGGAGGAUGAGGACGAGCUGGCCCUUUGACCACCUCCAGGACCUCCUCUUAAAGACCGUCCAGAGGCCCAGGCCGGAGGCCGGAUUUGUGUGGGGGCGGGAGGCGCGUCCUGAAGUUGGAGAGAUCACACCAACAUCCUGGCGCCUCCUGGGAAUUUUAAAAUGCGAUAGUGAUAGUCUUAGAAGAGGGUUGCAAUUUGGGCAGAGAGAGUAGCCUCGGUCAGCUAUUUAGGCUCUGUCCAGACGGGCAGGGGGUUCUAACCCCGGUGAAGGGCCUGAUAUUCCAUGGGGCGUCCUGAGCCGUCCUGGUGCGUGGGUGGGAAAUACCCUGCCUCUCUCGGCCUCCCCUCAGUCCCCUGCAGUCCCCUGGUGUCUUGUCCCAACACCUCCCCGGCUUUGCCCCUGUGUCUGCCAGGCUCCACAGGGGGAGGCCCACAAUGGCUGUGACCUUCAGAGGAGAGGGCAGCACCUCGUGGCCUCGCAGAGUGACAGCCCGGAAUACGCCGGCACAUCAUUCACACGCUCUCUCACAGCCCCCCACCCCGCUCCCCUGCUUGCUCACAUCCGCUGCCUGGAAUUUGCCUCCCCACUCCAUCCUGGCUCCCACUACCUGGGGGCAAGGGCCCUCACUAGAGCGGUGACCGGCCAGGCCCAUCGCCGCCCCCUCCUCGCCCCGGAUGUAAGCAGUGCGGUGUGGAUAAAGGAGCAGCAGCUCUGUGCAGAGAGCAGGUGUCUUGCUGCCGACCGCGCAGGCCUCCUUCAGGCACAAACCCGUCCUGUCUCACACCAACCAGCUUCCUCACGCUCCAGUUUCCAGGUCACCCCCUGGGAACGACACCCCGCUGCCCCCUGUCCUCACUGACCUCUCC